AUGGGUCUUUUUCCUGUUUCUGUUGGAUACUCUUACAUAUUACUUGCUGUUGACUAUGUGUCUAGAUGGGUGGAGGCAAAGGCCACUAGAACUAAUGAUUCUAAAGUUGUUUCAGAUUUUCUCCGUACUCAUAUUUUUUGCAGGUUCGGUGUGCCUAAGGCUGUCAUCAGUGACCAGGGAAGUCAUUUCUGUAACAGGACCAUUACAGCCUUGUUCCAGAAGUUUGGGGUUACACACAGAGUUACUACACCAUAUCAUGCCCAAACUAAUGGGCAAGCUGAGGUAUUCAAUAGGGAAGUCAAGCACCUGUUGCAGAAAUUAGUGCACCCGAAUAGGAAAGAUUGGACAUGCCACCUUCCGGUGGAAAUUGAGCAUCGAUCAUAUUGGGCUGUGAAGAGUUGUAACAUAGCACUUGAGCAGGCCGGAAUUAAAAGGAAGCUCCAGCUUCAGGAGCUUGAUGAAAUACGCCUGCAAGCCUAUGAGAAUUCUAGAUUGUAUAAAGAGAAAGUUAGGAGAUUUCAUGAUACACAUAUUUUGAGGAAAGAGUUCUCUUUAGGCCAGAAAGUGUUAUUGUUUAACUCUCGAUUGAAAUUGAUUGCAGUUGAGAUUCAGGAUGAAGCUACCAGCAGGAUUUUUAAAGUCAAUGGUCAUCAGUUGAAAUUAUUCCAGGAGAGUAGACCAGUGGAGUCGGCUCAGAACAUAGUUGAUCUAUCCUUAGUGGAGCCUACUUUGAUGGACGAUGUGUCUUCUUAG